AUGAAAAAGACUUCCAGGAUUACCCUCUCUGAAGCGGUUUAUAAUGCUUCAAAGCAUGUUAGCCUAGGUUUUGCGAGAGAUCUUGCGUGAAUCUCUUCUCCAGUAAAAGAUGAUUUUGAUCCUAAAUUUUUCCAUAAAAGUUUGAAGCAUUUAAGGAUUAGGGACAGAAACUACGAUUUAGUCCAUCAGCAACCUAAAAGUCAUCGAACACACAUAAGGACAAAAACAUAUAUUCAUAUUAAGCAGCUUAGUCUUAACGAAAAGCCUAGCUCCUCAAAAUCAACCUCUCCUAGCCUAUCGCCGAAAAAAUCCAUGAGAACGAACUCAAACGCCUUCGUAGAGCAAUCCCCUAAUAUAAGCCCAGAAACUUCAAUACGAUCUAUAACAAGGCGCUCUACGAUAUUAAGUCCAAUUUUGCCUAAAACAGAUUAGACUAGAUUAGAUUAGAUUAGAUUAGAUUAAUUAUAGAGGGUCUCUGUGAGAUAAAUUGCAGCUCACUCUCCGCCUUCCCCACUUCAGCCUCGCGCCCUAAGCAUGGUUAGCACUUACGCCAUUUUUGUCGACGUCACUAAAAAUGGUGAAGUCGACGCUUUCGAGGUGACGCACCAGGUACUCCUUUAGACAACUCCUAAUGGUCAGCCCGUCAGUCCGGAGGUUAGAGAUGGUAGGUGCUCUGAAGUCUCCUCCUGCCCUCCAUAAAUACCUUCGCUAUCAGAAGUGUGGGGUUGUCAUUGCAGCUCUGGUCUACUUAUCAUAGGACGAAAUAAAAAACCCUGCCUUGGUGUCCUAGCCAGGGAAAAAAGCCUACCUUGAACACAAAUCCUCCCAACCUCCGGCCCUCUAGACCCACAAAUCCAGAAGCUGUGAGAGAAGGACAGGUCAGAGUAGCAACCAUUUUAUUUGUGCCCUAAAACAGAAGAUGAAGAGCUUGAUACUAUAAUAUCUGGUGCAAGCAAGUUACAUUCACAGACCCGCUCUCUGAAACGCCAUUUCUCUAUGGGGUGUGUUAAUAUUCAAAAAGAUUAUCAAGAAUGUAAAAACUUGGUGAGAUCAAAAAACCCAUACGAUAAAAAGUUUGAAAAAUUGGUUUUAGAGCCAUAG